CACAAACGGUCGUACACUCCGCAAGUCAUUUCGUGAAUACGGAUGCAUCUCGAUUCAGAAAGAAACCCACUCGCUCAGACUGCGAUUUGUAAAUCUCUCCCGUUGGCGAGCUGCCGCGUCGCUAGCGCUAGUUAGCAUAGACGGCUUUCUUGGAGUCACUUUCCAAAUGGACUGAUAAGGGGUUGUUUUUCUAGCCGCAGCAGAGUCUCAGGAGACCGCAGAGCUCUACGUAAGGUCGAUGGCACAGCAGCCUGGCCCGUCUGAGACCUCCUGGUGCACAGGAUCUCGUGGGGUCCACUUACCCUCGGAGCAGGACUCUGGAGUAGAGGACGGAGAUGACUUCUGCAGUCGCAAUGGCGAGACCUGCCCGUCUUGGCCUCCGAGUCCACAUGUAGAGGAUGCCACCACUAUUUUUGUUGCUUUCAAGGGGAACUUGAAUGACAGUGACUUUCAGGAGAAGCUUGACAUCAUCUUGAAUGGGAUGCCUGAGUUGCUUUCCUUGGGUCCUGAGAGGCUGUCACUUCAGCGAGUGGAGCCAUGGAACAGUGUGCGCGUCACCUUCAACUUGCCCCGGGAGGCUGCUGAACGGCUCCGCCUCCUCGCACAAAACAACCAGCAGCAGCUGCGAGACCUGGGCAUCCUCUCUGUGCAGAUAGAAGGUGAAGGACCCAUCAACGUCGCAGCUGGGCAGAACAGAGGUCAAGAAAUGAGGGUGAACGGGCCACUUGUUGCACCUGGCGCACCUGGCACACCUGGUCAGAUGAGAAUGGAUGUGGGCUUCCCCAUACAACAAGGCCCUGGGGGGAUAAGGAUGAGCAACCCCUCGAUGGUGCCAUCUGGACCUGGCAUGGCUGCACAGGGUAUGGUGCCAGGUAGCAGUGGGCAGAUGCAUCCAAGAGUGCCAAGACCACCAAACCAAACAGACUCGAUGGAUCCCAUGCUGUCAGGGCUAGCUCUGCAACAGCAACAGCUCCAGCACGCGCAGGUGCCCCACGGUCCCCCCAGUGCCAUGGGCCCGCAGGUACCUCACGGUCCCCCCAGUGCCAUGGGCCCGCAGGUACCCCACGGUCCCCCCAGUGCCAUGGGCCCACAAGGUCACCACCUCCAGACCAUCCAAGCAAAUCGGCAGCUCAACCCAGCUGCCAUACAACAACUUCAACAACAGCAGCAGCAGCAGCAAGCCCAGCUGGCACAACUAGGCGUUGCUCGGGGCCCUUUUAACCCCUCUAGUCAGAUGUCUGGCCCUGCUGGCUGGAACCAGAUGCCCCCUGGUAUGCUUCAGCCACCGCCUGCCCAGGGUGCAAUGGGACCAAACUGGAGGAAAGGUCCCCCUCAGGCCCCUAUGGGUCAGCGCCCUCCUUCCUUGGCCUCUGUACAAACCCCAAGCCAUCCGCCACCUCCGUAUCCCUUUGGCAGCCAGCAGGCUGGGCAGGUCUUCAACACCAUGGCUCAGCAACAGCAGCAGCAAACCGGGCCGAACCAGUUCGCAGCCCCUCAACCCAAAGGUCCCCAGGGAGUGCCAGGAGUGGUUGGUCAGAGGGCACCUCCUCCCUUGCCUCCUGUGUCUGCUCCACAAAGCAACCUUGCUUCCAAGUCCCCUGGGUCCUCGUCCUCUCCCUUUCAGCAGGGCUCACCCGGAACACCCCCUAUGAUGGGACAGGGCCCAGGUCAGCUGGGUCCACGUCCCACAACUCCACAGGGGUUCCCACAGGGAGUGGGAUCCCCAGGUAGGGCUGUGUUGGGACAGCAGGUUAAUGUUCAGCCAGGAUUCAUGGGUAUGCCCCAGCAUGGACAGGUUCCCCAAGGUGGCAUGGGAGGUAUGCAGAAGCGUAUGCCAAUGGGUUUUCCAAAUGUUCCUGUAAGUCAGAGCUUUGUGCAAGGACAGGGUACGGCUAGUGGAGCAGGAACCCAGACCGCUCCAGCACCACAGCUACAGAACACUCAGAAUGUGGCACACCCAGGAGUUCAACCUUCAGUCUCAACACCAAACCACAUGCAGUCCAGUUCCCUCCACCCUGGUGGAAUUGGCCACCACAGCGGAAUGGCUCCCCAGACGCCAGCCACCUCAUGCGGCACCAUGGGGCCGUCUCAGUCAGGCUUGCAAACCCAAGUGAUGGGCAUGCAGUCACAGCUUCAGACUCCGCCUGCAGUGUCUUCCCAAGCUCAGAUGGUGCAAGGCCAGGUUGGGGGUCAGACUGUUUUGUCUCGACCCAUGAGCCAAGGUCAGCGAGGAAUGACCCCCCCUAAACAAAUGAUGCCCCCGCAGGGGCAGGGGUUGGUGCAGGGGCAGGGGCACCAGGCUUUAUUGAUACAGCAACAACAACAGCACCAACAACAACACCACCAACAGCAGCAGCAGCAGCAGCAGCAGCAAAAUGUGACAAUGGAGCAGAUGACAGCCAGCCAUAUGCAAGGUAACAAGCAGGCUUUUGUACCCAAAGGUCAGCCUGGGGUCAUGCAGAGUCCAAUGAUGCGAGGCCCAUCGCCAAAUUUGCAAGGUAACAUGGUGCAGUUUCAAUCUCAGCAACAAAUGACUCCACAACAACAGCAGCAAAUGGCUCAACUACAGCAGCAACAGCAGCAGAUACAGCAACAGCAACAGCAACAGAUACAACAGCAGCAGAUACAGCAGCAGCAACAACAGAUACAACAACAGCAACAGAUACAGCAACAACAAAUACAGCUGCAGCACCAGCAGCCACAGCAACAGCAGUUGCCACAGCAACAGCUUCAACAGCAGCAUCAGCAAAUGGCUCAGCAGUCGCAACAAAUCCCAAUGAACGGCAAUCCCGGCCAAACGUUGGGCAUGCAUGGCCCUCAGAUACGACUUCCAGGACAUCAUCUGGUCCAGCAGCAGCUACAGCAACAGCAGCAGCAACAACAGCUUCAGCAGAAACAGCAGCAGCAUGUGAUGCAACACUUACAGCAGCAGCAACAGCAGGCGCCUGGCCAGCAACACCCACAUCCGCUGGUAGAUGGCAGUGGAGGCACAGGUGACAUAGGUCAACAACAAAUCCUUCCUGACAUGCAAAUGCAGCAGCAACAGCAGCAGCAGCAGCAGCAGGGCAUGAUUGGAGGACCUCAACACAUGCAGGUGGGCAAUGGCCAUUUUCUUGGUCAUGGUAUGCCCUUUAAUCCUCAGUUUGGUGGCCAGAUGCCAAUGGGUGGACCCUGUGGGCAAACAGGUGUCUUUCCAGUGAGUAAAGAUGUGACUCUGACUAGCCCCUUGUUAGUCAACCUUCUCCAGAGUGACAUUUCUGCCAGUCAGUUUGGUCCAGGUGGAAAACAAGGAGCCAGUGGGGUUGGUGUUAACCAAGCCAAACCAAAAAAGAAGAAACCACCUCGUAAGAAGAAACCCAAAGUAGGUGAAGGACAGCAAUCUGUUGAAGGACAUGGUGGUCUGGAUUCAGUUCCUCAAGGAAUUGAGGAGUUAGAUAUGCAAGGGACAGGCACUGAUCAAGGAGUCAGUAUAGACUCUUCCAACUCAAAACAUCCAGAAUUCACCAAUAGACCAGGAUUCUCUGGCCAGCCAGGAGACCAAAGGGUAUUACAACAAAUGCCUAUUCAGUUCAUGUCCCAACAACAACAACAACAACAACAACAACAACAACAACAACAACAGCAGCAGCAGCAGCAGAUGCAGCAGCAGUUACAACAGCAGCAGCUGCAUCAACAGCAGCAGCUGCAUAUGCAGGGUAUGCAGAUUGCCACAGGUCAGUCUGGAACCCCACAAGGACCACAACAAGGACAGCAUCAAAUCCAUCCACAUCAACUACAGCCACCACAGCACCUGCAGCAGCACCAGCAACCACAGCAACAGCCACAACAACAAGCACCACCAACAACACAGCAACAGCAACAACAAAUGAUGAUGCUUAAAAUGCAACAGGAACAAGCAAAGAACAGAGUUCCUCUUCAACAAGGCGGACAUCCCGCCAGAAAUCUGGUGAAUCCUAGUGAUCCCGCACAGAGAAUGCCUGUGUCCCAACACAGCAGCAUGCCAGUGAUGAUUAAUUUACAAGGACAUGGUGGUGUCCCUCCUUCUCCAGAUAAAGCUAGGGGGAUGCAGCCAAUGGUGAACUCGCAGCUAGCUGGAGCAGGAAGGAGAAUGCCCCAUCCAGACAUUGGACAAGGGAACCCAGGAAUGGCAACAGAGGAAACAUCAGGGGCUCCUAACUUGCAGGACAGGGCAUCAGUAGAAAUGACACCAUCUCAAGCUGGGAAUGGCAGCCAACAAAAUGUUGUUAGCCAAGGUCCUAAUACUCACUUGUUAAAGUCUGUGCCUUCAUCGAUGCCUCAGCAACCAGGAGCUAAUGCACAGCAGCAGCAGUCCCAGCAAGUAGCACCAAUCGCCAGCUCACAUAAUCUUCACUUUCCCAGUGCCCCUUCAACUUCGCAAACCUCUCGCCCCAAGACCCCAAACCGAGCAAGUCCUAGACCUUAUCACCAUCCUCUGACCCCCACCAACCGUCCGCCCAGUACUGAGCCUUCAGAGAUAAAUCUCUCUCCGGAGAGACUGAAUGCAUCGAUCGCUGGCCUUUUCCCUCCUAAGAUUAACAUCCCUCUGCCACCCCGACAGCCUAACCUAAAUCGAGGUUUUGAUCAGCAGGGUCUAAAUCCCACCACUCUAAAAGCUAUUGGACAGGCUCCACCAAGCCUAACGUCCCUUACAAACAACACUGCUACCAGUGGCAAUAAUAACAUCCAGCAGCCAUUUAUUACAGGUGGUGGUGUAGCAAAUGUAGGUGGGAAGCAAGAAAAGCCGCCUGGAGGGGCUCAGGCUAAGCGGGCCAGUCCCAGUAACAGUCGACGAUCUAGUCCUGCCUCAAACCGGAAAACGGCCACUCCGAGCCCAGGAAGGCAAAAGGGGACAAAGAACCCUCUAACUUCACCAUCACAUCAACAACAAAUGACCGGGUCCCAAACGACGACGACUGGUUCUUCGGUGCCGCCCAGUACCAGUGCACCCAUGCCAUCUGUAGGCACUCUAGAGCAACAACAGAGCCUAAAUCCUCUGCAGACGCUGGCUAGUAAUUCUGAUGCAGUGAGGGACAGCCAGGGCCAAGCAACACAGCCAGAACAGCGUCAAAUAGUCCAGGCGCCAAGGGAUCAAUCCGCUCUCAGAAUGGCAAGUCCGCGGGUACCAUCUCAGGAACUAAAAAGUCAAGAGCCCGGUAAUGUGCUUGAGCCUCCGUUAUCUGACGAGAUGCACCAACCUCAGAAUCCACCACCACAGGAGCUUGGCUCUGUAAUUUCACCAGGCUUCACGGAUGCCCCAACAUCCCUCAAUCAGUUGUUGGACAAGACAAACCCUCCAUCCUUGUCCAUGAAACCACCCAAAGUCACUCCUACAGGAGGUGGAGAACUGGUGCAAAAAGAGAGCCCUCGAUCUUUAGCAGAUCAAGAAUGCCAACAUAAGCCUGGUAACCUGCAGAACAUUGAAAGUGGGCAUACUUUACCUGUUGGUGAACCUGAACAAAAGCCCAAGGUUGCCUCUAUGCCAAGUCCAAAUUUGGUCCAAAGUAGUAGUCCCAGCUGUCAGUCACCCUGUGUAGUAUCCAGCGUUAGUUCCACUUUGCUUAUUAGUCCUGCCACAAGUUCUUGCCCACAUCCCAACCCUUCUGUUAGUCCAAGUCCCAAUGCUAAGUCUAUGGCAAAUAUGUCACAGACAGUCCUGCAGAGACCCACAUCAUCUGGACCCACUCAAAAUAAGAUAACGGUCUUUGUGACAUCCAAUGCUAUUAGUUCUGCUGCCAGCACUGCAUCUGCAGUGCCCCCAGUCACAGCCUCUACAGUGCCCAGUAAGAACAUAAGAACCCCAGAAAUGCGCCAAUCCACUCCCACUCAAACCCGACCUCCCCAGUUCAUUACCGCACCCGUGUUCAUCAACCCGAUAUUUCAAGUCUCAACUGCUUCUGUCUCAUCAAGCCCCAAUGUGGUGUCUCCAUCUGUCACUGUGGUAAGGCCCAUACAAGUGCCUGCAAAUAUUCAGCUCGCUACUGCUCCAGUUUCAGCUACGGCUUCUGUUCCAGCACCUGUCGCUAUGGCAACACCGCCUUCUGCUGUAAGCAUUGCUACUAGUCAGCAGGGCCGCACUAUGAUUGGACAAAUACAAGUGCAAAUGUCUGCAAGUCAGGCUUCCCCAAUAACCACAGUCGCGCUCCCUCAGCAAACAAUCCCUGGAAUUCCGAUGCAAGAGAGCACUUCUGAUGCUUCUGCCUCAAAACCGAGCGCCAUGGGACAACCGUCUCUCCAGUCCGGCUCGUCCACGUGCGUGUCUUCGUCCUUUCAGAUAUCACUGUCCUCUCCGCCUGUCUGCUCUAGCCCAGGCGCUGCAUCCAUUGCUCGCAGGAGUCCCCUCUCACCAACAGUAACCAUCACCAAGAGUGGUCAAGUCCAGACAGUUUUGAGCAAGACGUCCAUUCCCCAAAGUGGUGACAACCAUCAGAUGCAACAGCAGGGUACAACCCAGGCAGGAAAAAACGCAGACAUCACGUCGCAGGUCUCUUCUCGUGUGAUUACAACCGAAUCCCUUUCCUGUCAACAGCCUCCUCCCACAACCGUCUCUUCUGCACAAACAACACUUCAGCAAAUAGCACCAGCACCCCCAGUUCCUUCCCCUGCACCUGCACAGAUCCCUGCACAAGUUUGUUCCUCUUCUCCCACACCUAAGCCUUCUGGGUCCACCGGUACUGUCACGGUACCUCUGGCCAGUCCUAUUACCACUUCACCCCCCACUAGUGAGUCUGCAGCAGCACUUCCACCACCUCCUACUGUCCCGGGGAACAUUGCACCUUCCACCGGCCCUUCAGUAGUGUCGUCUCCACCGCUCCCUGUCAUGGAGCAGACACCUACUGCAGCAAUGGAGAUGACAUUGCCUGGCCCAGUAGAGUCUGUGGAGGCCUCUGCAGAAGUGUCAAAUCUCUCAGCCGAGCCUGAUGUUACCCAGGAAGAACAGCGUUUGAGUGACCAGCCUGGAGAGGCAGCCACGUCUGUGGCAGAACAGGGAUGGGCAAAGAAAAGAAAGACGCCCAUCGACUUAGUCCCAAGGGAUACGAGGGCCAGCACCGAAAAGGCGAAAGGGCCCAGCCGUCGGAGCUCGCGGGCAGAGAAGGACGCCGAGGAGGAAAUGUCCGACAACGGGCAGAGAAAGAGGGCGGCCAGACCUGGGUCGGCAUCUUCCAACACAGGGAAAGUCGCAGAAUCGAACACUGGUGCCCCUCCCACACAGGCAAAGAGGAGGAAGUCCAAAUGAAUGAAGCUUAACACACCUGUGAAACGUACUUUUGUUUUUCUUCUUUGAACUGUUUUAUCUGCUGUUUCUCCUGGUAAUCAUGUCUGAUAACCAUGUACAGAAACCUGUUUUUAAAAAAUAAUGUUUUUGUCCCUUGCUACUAAGUAAUCUAUUUAGAAUUGUGUGUAUGGUGUGUGUCAUGUUUUUAUUGUAUGCUGGAUUAAUCAUGAACCCUGAUAAUACAAUUAUGUCCAUUGUAUAAUAAUAUUGCAGAAUUGGAUUAAAUUUUCUACUUCUCGUCCCUUUACACGGUUCAGUAAUUGACUGCACACUUCUCAUCUCCCUAUUAUAAUGCUAUAUUUUGAUCAUAAUGUCCGGUAGCUAAGUGUUUGUUUUUUUUCUUGUGUAGGCUAUAAUCUUUCACACACCCUUCUAACAAGAAUCUCAGUUAUGAACCAGAAACGGAAAAUAAAAGCUUGAUUUCAUAAGUGG